CCCAACUAAACACGCUCUGCUCUUUUUCUCUCCUCCUCCAUCUUUCCUUUUUCCAUUCCCCCUAUUCCUCAUUCUCAAUCACCUCCCCCCAAUUACAAUCAUGGUUCAUCUUGCUUCCGUAAAGAAUGACGACCAGGUCUUUGACCCCAAGUCCCGUUCUUUCGAGUCCAUUCCUGCUCCCCAGCCCGAUGAGAAUGACUUCUACACAAAUGUUUACGGUAGCCACUUCGCUACCGACCACCUGCCCCAGCAUGAGAUGCCAGAGCGAGAGAUGCCUCGCCAGGUUGCAGCUCGUAUGAUCAAGGACGAGCUCAGCCUGGAUGGCAACCCCAAGCUCAACUUGGCCAGUUUCGUCACCACCUACAUGGAAGAGGAGAUCGAGGACAUCAUGACCGAGUCCUUCAGUAAGAACUUCAUCGACUACGAGGAGUACCCACACUCUGCGGAAAUCCAGAACCGCUGCGUCAACAUGAUUGCCCGUCUCUUCAACUGCCCGACCGACGCCCGGGAUGAGAAUGCCAUGGGUACUUCAACUAUUGGCUCCUCCGAGGCGAUCAUGCUCGGCACUUUGGCCAUGAAGAAGCGCUGGCAGAACAAGCGCAAGGCCGAGGGCAAGGACUACUCGCGCCCCAACAUCGUCAUGAACAGUGCUGUCCAGGUCUGCUGGGAAAAGGCCGCCCGUUACUUCGAGGUUGAGGAGAGAUAUGUUUACUGUACCGAGGAGCGCUACGUCAUCGACCCCAAGGAGGCUGUCGACCUCGUUGACGAGAACACCAUCGGCAUCUGUGCUAUCCUUGGUACCACCUAUACCGGUGAGUACGAGGAUGUCAAGGCGAUUAAUGACCUUCUGGUGGAGCGCAAUAUCGACUGUCCGAUCCACGUUGAUGCCGCCAGCGGUGGCUUCGUCGCUCCCUUCACCGUGCCCGAGCUGGAGUGGGAUUUCCGUCUUGAAAAGGUGGUCUCCAUCAACGUCUCCGGCCACAAGUACGGUCUCGUCUAUCCCGGCGUGGGUUGGGUGAUCUGGCGAUCCCCCGAGUACCUGCCAAAGGAGCUGGUGUUCAACAUUAACUACCUGGGUUCCGACCAGGCCAGUUUCACCCUGAACUUCUCCAAGGGCGCCUCGCAGGUCAUUGGACAGUACUACCAGUUGAUUCGUCUGGGCAAGCAUGGCUACCGCUCGAUCAUGGUCAACCUCACCCGCACUGCAGACUACAUGGCCGAUCAACUGAAGCAGAUGGGCAUGAUCAUCAUGAGCCAGGGUCGCGGCAAUGGUCUGCCCCUGGUGGCCUUCCGUCUGCCCCCCAACGAGGACCGCGUGUACGAUGAGUUCACAGUGGCGCAUCAGCUGCGUGAGCGUGGCUGGAUUGUUCCCGCAUACACCAUGGCCCCGAACAGCAACAAGAUGCAGCUUAUGCGUAUUGUGGUCCGCGAGGACUUUAGCAUGAACCGCUGUGACAGUCUCAUUACUGAUUUCAAGCUGGCUCUGCAGACUCUCGAGUCUAUGGACCAGGGUAUGAUUGCGAAGUACAAGUCGCACAUGCAGAGCCACCGUGCUCACCCGCGCCACAAGGGACACUCUCACAAUAGCUACCAUAAUGAGAAGCACUCUCUGCAGGGUAAGUCUGGCAAGACGCACGGCGUUUGCUAAAUGGGCCGAUGUGGUGCAUCUUAACCCGAGUAAAAUCCUGAGUUUUACUCAAUUCCUGUCAACCCUGUGAAUAUUGUUUUUUCUCCUCCCUUCGAGCUUCGCCGUAAACCUCGAGUUGAUAUGUGUUUGGGCUAGGCACAGUGGGCCUCCCUUGACGCUUAUGUCUCUGUCUGCCAAUUGUAUGUAUGGCCCUUACAUAGCAGAUUUCCGUUACGAUUAUUUGAAUUGAUCCAUGAACUAUGAACUAUGAAC